GCUAAGACCUGUGACUGCAGCCACAAGUACGGGGCACGCUCGCGCGCUCGCCCGCACGGUCCGUGUCAGUGUCGUCAGUGGUCGUCAGAUUCGCCGCGAGUCCCUCGCGAAGCAUCCGGCUCGGCCCACAGUUGUCGGAGGCGAGACCGAGAGAGAGAGAGAAAGAGAGAAAAAGAAAGGCGGAGAACAAGAUAGAGAGCGAAAAGGAGAAAGAUAAAUAGGAUGCGGUAUCGCGCGCGAUUCUGGCGUUGCAUCCCGUGUCCGCGGCUCCGCGGGGACGUUGUCGUGGCCGCGGCCGCGUCCCGCUGAGAUAUGCGCGGUGUGCCGAUCUGUCGCUCCGCAGUGUGUGUGCGCGGGUUAACCUCAAGUACAGCGCGAGUGCUCGCCGUCGCCGUCGGCUGCCGCCGCGCGCCAGGUGCCAGGCUGUGAGGUGCGCGAGUAAAGGAAAGAGGCGAGAACGAGUGUAUGCUCCGAUAGGAAAUAAGGGAGAGAGAAAGAGAGAUAGAGAGAUCCGUGUAUUGGCGCACGCGGGGGCACGCGUUUACGCACGCACGCACGCCCGUCAAGAUGUCGUCGUCCGGACACAGCAGUCGCACUCGCGCCGUCCACAUCGGCUCGAUCUUCCAGAAGCUCCACGGCCGCUUCGCGGACGCGAUGACGCCGCCGAAGCUCUCGACCGACAAGCGCACCCUCGACAAGACCUGGAAGCUCAUGGACAAGGUGGUGAAGCUCUGCCAGCAUCAGCGCAUGAACCUGAAGAACUCGCCGCCGUUCAUCCUCGACAUACUGCCGGAUACGUAUCAGCGGCUGCGGCUCAUCUACAGCAAGUACGAGGACCGUAUGCAGGUGCUGCACAGCAACGAGCACUUUUGCGUAUUCAUCAACAACCUGAUGCGUAAGUGCAAGCAGGCGAUCAAGCUGUUCAAGGAGGGCAAGGAGAAGAUGUUCGACGAGACCUCGCACUAUCGCCGUAACCUCACCAAGCUCAGCCUCGUGUUCAGUCACAUGCUGUCCGAGCUGAAGGCCAUAUUUCCCAACGGGGUGUUCGCCGGCGAUCAGUUUCGCAUCACCAAGGCGGACGCGGCGGAAUUCUGGAAGGAGCGCUUCGGGAACAGUACAUUGGUACCAUGGAAAGUGUUCAGACACGAAUUAAAUCAGGUUCAUCCAAUCAGUUCGGGACUACAAGCAAUGGCACUGAAAUCCACGAUAGAUUUGACGUGCAACGAUUAUAUAUCCAACUUUGAAUUUGAUGUAUUUACAAGGUUGUUUCAACCGUGGUCGACUCUUCUGCGAAACUGGAAAAUUCUGGCUGUGACGCAUCCCGGCUACGUGGCUUUCCUUACGUACGACGAGGUGAAGGCACGUUUACAAAAAUAUUGCAUUACCAAGCCUGGGAGCUAUGUAUUUCGGUUAAGUUGCACGAGGCUGGGACAAUGGGCAAUCGGUUACGUUACGUCUGAUGGUGAUAUCCUACAAACUAUACCGCAUAACAAGAGUCUGUGCCAAGCGUUACUGGACGGCUACCGGGAAGGCUUAUCGAUUUGCAGCUACUUAUACCCAGAUGGCCGAAAUAUAAACCCGGACUUGACAUGGGCGGUGCAACCAACGCCAGAGGAGCACAUUAAAGUGACAGCGGAACAGUACGAAUUAUACUGUGAAAUGGGUAGCACUUUCCAAUUGUGUAAGAUCUGUGCCGAGCAUGAUAAGGACGUAAGGAUAGAACCCUGUGGCCAUCUUCUUUGUACUCCAUGUCUUACAGCUUGGCAGGUAGAUUCCGAAGGGCAGGGUUGUCCGUUUUGUCGAGCUGAGAUUAAAGGCACCGAGCAGAUUGUUGUAGAUCCAUUCGACCCGCGAAGAACACACCGAUCCGGGGCGCAUUCGGCGUCUGCUAGUAACGCAUCGACCCCCACGCGGGAUCUCGACCCCGACACCGAGGAUAUAAUGGAGCUGUGCAACGGUAAUUGUGGUCUCAUAUGCGACGACUCGGACGAAGAAGAUGAUUCUAGUCCUACGAAUUCGCCGGUGCCACCGCGGAGAAUCGUUCCGAGCCCGCCUUUACCACCUAGAAGACCCUCGCCGUCGCCCACACCGAACAAUCAUCUCAGGAACGGACGUCAUCUAACAGUACCGAAGGAAAAUGCUCCGCCACCGCCGUCAGCGGUUACAGUAAUAUUGAAUUAUACCGACAACACACAGCAAAAUAAUAAAGUUCUUGCAGUUAACACGGAAGCGAGAUACGACAUGCUGCAUCGGGCGUCCUCGCCGUCGUCGGUGCCGCCGAUACCGCCCGUACCGCCGACAGCAGUGGUGAGGGUUCAUCCACGCCGGUCGACCCACGGGAAUCACGCGGGAGGCACGCCGCAGCGUCAGCCACAGCCACCGCCCACGUUGCCGGAGAAGGCGUGUCGUGCCACCGCGACCAGCUCGACAACGACGAGUCAAACGGUCGGGGGUCCGAGUAACAACGUGCCCCCGGUACCGCCACCCUUGUCGGCGCCUCGACCGCCGAAGCCUAGCAAGGAGGGUGGCACCCGUCAGGACCAUCACUACGAGAAUACGAUUGUUAUCUGUGGGACGAGUCAGCACGUCGUGAAGAACAUCAAUCUGGAGGCGAACAGGGCACGUCUUACAGCACUGAUGAGGGCAAGGGAUGAUCCAGGGGGUGGUGGCGGCGGCGGCGGUGGUGGCGGUGGCGGAGCUGUGACCAAGCCGGCGGAGUCGGCGGCGUACGAGAACGUCAACGUCGAACAUAUCACGAGGCUGACGGCGCUUGGUUUCGCGCAGGACGCCGUGAUCAGAGCGCUCGGCAUCACCAGGAACGAUCUCGAGAUGGCGUGUGAUAUAUUGCACGAGUUCGCCACGAAAUCUUCCUGACCAGGUACAAAUAAACGGCAUCAGUCGCGACGAAUGUGUUGGCGAAUACGAAGCGCUAUGAACGGCAUACGUUCAAGCCGUGAAGAGUAAGAGUCUCGGAGAAGUAUUUUCCUUUCGGGCUCCCGAGUACCUUAACUCGGUUUAUGCAAUGAAUGACAACUACGUCGCUUGGAUGACGAGUACAGCCCGAGUAAAUUAACUUAUUUCGGUGUCGUCCCUCGCGCUUCGUGUAUCCACGCGUCUAAAAUAUCAGAUUGUUAUUACAUGACCGAAAAUGAUUAUAAUUAAAAAAGGAAUACAUAUGAUUGAUCUAAUCGCAGGGCCGAACACUGAAGUCUCAUGACCGGCCUUACCUACCAGACGGUACUUUUGACAGAAAACACGCACGAACUCCUGCAAGUCCCAUCUCUGAUGCUUUCGCAGAUACAUCGUGCGUCUUCGCCGAACGUCUUCUCACGUCAGUGCAAUAUCGGCGGUGUUUUACGUCUCAAAAUGAGUGGGAAAGACACACGCUUGCAAACGGACAGUGAGCGUUGAAAAGGUCAAAAGCGUGGAGAACUGUGAAGAAAUUCCAACGGGGGAACGUCGAAAACAUCGGGCAUCGUUCACGGAUCUUCCCUCGUAGCAUAUUGAUUUUUUCAGGCGGCCUUUAACGAGACUCCAGACGCUCUCGUCCUUUCUCGAAAGGACAUAGAGAAGACUGUUCACGCCGCGUGAUAUAAAUAAAAGCGGCGACGACCGACCAAAGACAAAAAGACUUGCGGCUGCCGAAGUGUUUCUUCACGAACCACACCUGUAGCACGAGAGCAGACUAGCGUGUCCCGUACUUUCAACCUCGUAGUAAUCUCUCUACCGGGCGUAGUUACACUACUUCGUUCCUCGAUAUACUUAAGAUAAAGAUUAAUUGUACAUUCGCGCAAAGAGAUUUCGCUUGCACGUGCGCACGUGCAAGCGCUCUUCGAAAGUCUUCGGUCGUUCGUUUUCCAUAUUUUGUAUUAUAUAGCGUACUUCACACGACACAACGAACACGCGGUAUGUCCGAUGUCGCGUUGUUCCAGAAUCGAAAACGCGUUUAGGAAAUUACGCAUUCAAUCGAAGGCAAUACAAUGUUCUACCCAUUUAAUCAACGUAACGAGCAUAUACUUCCGUUUAAAGUAUAUUCUACAUAGAACAUCGAUUCGCUAGAGAUUCUUUCGCUAUAUGAAUGUAUAACGUUAUAGUACUGACCGAAAGUACAUUAGACGAAAAAUGCCUGGCAUCUAAUUUUGUAAUCCCUAAUCUAUACCGUUCCUUCGUCAAAUUAAAGUAGUUAUAUAUGUAUGUAUAUCGCUAUUUAAUGUAUAUUAUGUAUAAUGUCCUCCACACACACAUGUUAGCGCCGCGUGAUUUAUACGCACGCGAGAUACCUCGGAGAGGAUAGACACGGCAAAAAAAAAAUAACGAUUCAGGUGUAUAAAAUUGUUAAUCCACAUUCGUGAUUUUUGAUCCUAGCUGAGAGAACUAUGCCGAGGCACAAUAGCCUUAGAGAGUAAUGCGCACAAGAUUUGGCACCUCUUAGAUCCGAAUCUAACGCGGAGCUUUUCGUUUAUUCGACUCGCACACGUGAUGAACACGCGCUUACGCAAAUUACGCCGUGUGCGUUACUCAUCGGCUUCUCACCGCGCUGAGUAUCGACAACGAGAGGAAAGGAGGAGAGCAGUCGAGAUAUUAUUGAAUUCCGGACGCGGAAAAGCAAAAGUGCCGAAUAUCAAAAGUUCACAGCUUUGACGACCUCGAGAUGAAGACGCACCCGCGCGCAACUUUCGGUCGAGGAAGUUACGAAUAUACUAUAAAAUCGUAUAUAUUAUAAUGGCGGAUUAUAAUGGCGAAUACUCGAAAUAAAUACGAUAGUGUUCAAGAUGACGAUAAUGAGGUGUACUUGAUAAUGACGAGAAGGAAAUUUAUUGUACGGUCGAGGGCGCUGAGUCGAGAAUAGUAUCGUAUCGAGAUACAUCAAGCGUAUCGCUUUACAUUAAUUUACGCCUUGCCGUAGAUGCUCAAACAUAAUACAUAAUCGUUUUGUCUUGCGAAAAGGUGGAUCUGAAGACAGCGAGAUAAGAUACUGUACGAUGUAGCGGAAUCCUGCCGCGUAGCUUUGCCAGCUUGUAAGGCAAUCAUUUGUCAUAUCGUGAUGACAAGGGAGCGCUUGCGGAUCAAUUUUAGGAACGGCGAUGCAACUGUCCUGCAACUGUUUCGCGCGACGGUUGCGCGGCGAAAAGUUAUAAUUACUACCUCGCGAUUAUACCAAAGGUAUACGAUGUGAUCGUCCGAUGUACGAAGAAUGUUAAGGUGUGUCGCUUGUUAAAACGCGUUUAACGAUCUUAACGCGUUUCGCAUAUACACAUACAUACAGAGACAAGGCGAAGCAUCGUGUAGUAAUAAUAUAUAUUUAGAUACGAUAUUCAUGCUCCACUUGAAUUUCUUUCUUAUCGCGGAGGCGCGUCUUGUCGGAGCAUUGCGCGCUGUUACGAAAAAAAAAAAAAAAA